UCUCACAAAGCAGGUGAUAUGAGUCAGUGUAUAAAGCCAUCAGCUUUGCAAGAGGUUAGAUCUUUAGAUGUUACGACUGCAGAAGCAUUGCAACCUAAAACGAGACAACUAAAAAUGCCUUGGCUGUUUAUGUGGCACACCGCUUCAGAUGAAAUCAAGACACAUGAGAAUGCAGGCAGCAAAAAUCACCGAAAGAAGACAAAGGCUUUGGGCGUGGAAGCCAAAAAAUAUUUCAUGGGUCUUGUGCCGCCUGCUGAAUCAGCUGACAUGAAAUACUCCAGCUCAAGAGAUGUAAUGCUUUCUGCAAAAGAGGUGAUCCAGUGGUCCCAGUCCCUAGAAAAGCUUCUCGCAACCCAGCGUGGUCAAGAGGCAUUCAGAGAAUUUUUGAAAUCAGAAUUCAGUGAUGAAAACAUUGAGUUUUGGUUGGCAUGUGAAGACUACAGGAAAACACAGGCUGAUUGUUUACAUGGCAAAGCAGAAAAGAUUUACCAAGAGUUUGUCAAGUCAGAUGCCAGAAAACAAAUCAACAUUGACUUUCCCAUAAGAAAAUCUGUAGCUAAGAAAGUUCAAGAUCCCACACCUUCAAGUUUUGAUGAGGCUCAGAGACUUAUAUAUGUAUUGAUGGAGAGAGACUCUUAUCCAAGAUUCCUUAAAUCUCAACAUUAUCAUAACCUUCUAAACAAGGUUCAAAGCAACCGGGUCAAGUGAAAACUGAGGAUCAGCUUUGAAGCUUCAAGAGUUGCUGUGCUUCAGUACACUAAGUGGGACUGUUGGAACUAAGAUGGCAAGGAAAUGAUGGAACUCUUCAAACAAGAGAUGCAAUCUAUCAAGUUGAAGUGUCUGGAACACCCUUUAUAAGGAGAAAGGAGAAAGAAGGCAAAGAGACAAUUCUGCCUUGAAACUUGUCAGCUAAGGUUCACUUUAAACAGACUUCUAAUAUUCUUUCAAGUGACACUUAUCAAAUGUUGUGAACAGAAAAGUUUUGAAAAGUUAAUUGCACAGCUAUCAAGACAAAUUUUAGGCUGUUUACACUGUGUGCAUUAUUCCCUUCUUAAGCAUUUGAUGUGGUAGAGCUAGAUGUACGACCAGAUUCCCUUGAAAGGUAUGGCUUGUGAGGUGUAAGGAGUAUAAUGAAUGGAAA